AAGAAAAGCCCAGGGGCUUAAAUAAAUCCAUUGAAUUGUCCCAAUACAACCUUUGUGCAUAAACCACUCAAAGCUGCACGAGCUAUAUGUGAGAUCGGAUGAACAAGUCAAAAGGUCGGACAUUAGUUUGACGGGUGGAACUGAAAACAGUCAUAAAAAGAAUAGAAAAUGAUGCAGUAGAAAAGCCGAUGACGGCCUGAUAGUAGCAUGUUUUCACGGAAGCAGCCUGAUCCAACUGCAGACAGUCAUGACAGUACUGAUCUAUGCCUUCAAACUUAGAUUGACGGAUGAAAAUUCUAGUGACGUUAAAAUACUCGCACGUGCCGAGGAGAGCAUAUAAUCGUUUAAAAGAAGGAAAAAUGGUGAAGUUAACAAUAGAUUUAAUUGCACGAGGGACAUCGGGCUACACAAAGAAAAAACGAGAUGAAACAAUGCAUCAGUAUUUAAAAAGACUGACUCAUUUGUAUCUAGAAAAUAAAGGCAUAGAUGAAGUGGGAGAUGAUAUGUCACUAUGUAGGAAUCUGUCAGUGCUGUAUCUGUAUGAUAACCAGUUAACACACAUUCCAAGUCUUCACCAGAAUCAGCAUCUUACUAUGAUAUAUCUACAGAAUAACAAUAUCAGCAGGAUAGAGGGACUCGCGCACCUUAUACGCUUAACUAAACUAUAUUUAGGAGGGAAUGCUAUAACUGUGAUCGAAGGUUUAGAGAAACUGGACAGGUUACAAGAACUCCAUGUUGAAAAUCAAGCUCUCCCUCCUGGAGAAAAACUCUUAUUUGACCCCAGAUCAAUAAGGGCAAUUUCUGGUUCACUAAAAGUGCUUAAUGUCAGUGGCAAUAAUUUAGACAGUAUAAAAGACCUUGAGUGUUUAAAUCAGUUAUCACAUUUUCUUGCAAUAGACAACCAGUUAAAUGAUAUGAAAGAACUUGCACAUGUUCUCGGACAGUGGUAUUACCUUAAUCGUUUGGAUUUAAUGGGUAACCCCUUGUGUCACAAAGCAAAAUACCGGGACAGAGUGAUAGUGAUGGCUAAACAGUUAGAUACGUUAGAUGGUAAACAGAUCAGUGAGACAGCAAAACAGUUCUUGAAAAACUGGCAUGCAAAUAAAGAGACACAACGACAGAAGAGAGCAGAUCUGAUACGAAGAGGAACAUCUUUUAUAGAUGACUAUGCUGUUGGUGAAAGUGGAGACCUGCCACCAGUGAGGGAACCUGGGAGAAUGGGAACCAUUCCAGGAUACAUGAUGCCAGGUGCCAAUAAUAACUGUUUCUUGCCACAGAGAGAGAGGUAUAUCAGAGUAAUAAAAGAGAGAGUUUAUGAAAGUUUACCGAGAAAACAGUUUGACGAAUUGUUGGCCAGAACGUCCGCCCUUGCAGACACGGGGAUCCAGCGCUCGGCCCCGAUCAAGGCAAGGAGUGGCCUCUUAAGAUCCAAGUACAUUGACACUUCUCAUGGCAGUAAGACCAAUCUUUUCUCUGGAUCUGCCCCUCUUAGACGUCGGCCACUGAUGAGUGUUGCAUUUGAACUAAAUACAGAAACUUUGAACCAGACACAGCAUAUUCCACCUGACCUGUGGGAUAAUGUCAGAUGAACAGUUAGUCAUUGACACAACAAAAGAUCAAGCUUUUCAUGCAAGCUUUAAGACUUUAUAAUGUGAAACUUCAAACCAUGGGAUUUGCUUUUAGCUCUUAUGGGCCUUCAUAACCAAAACUGUAGUUUGAGCUUUUAAACCUUUACCCUGCUAAAUAUCUAUAAUUGACUGGUCCAUCAUUCAAUUUGGGCAGUACCAUUUAUCAUUUGAAUGGGUGUUUACUGAAAAUUUACUGACUGAAUAGCGAAAAGUGCAGACCAUGAUCAGACUGCAUGGAUGUGCAGGCUGAUCUUGGUCUGCACUGGUCGCAAAGGCAGAAUCACUUGCCGCCAGCAGGCUAAGGGGUUAAGAUUGAAUAAGCUUUUACAUAAGAGGCGACUAAUAGUGUCUUAACACUUGGUUUUGCUGUAACUCUGUGAUUCCAGCAGGUAUGCAAAUUUUGAUUCCAUACCUCAUGUUUUAUUUCGAUGUAAAUGAGAUAUGAAACCAAAAUUUGUAGUCCUGUUUGGCGCCACAUAACCUAUACUGUGUUGGUGUGCUGUAAAACCUAAAUAAAAUAAAAUAAAUUUACUGUGAUAAGAAGCAUUUUGUCAGCUUUGCGCUAUUUUUUUUUUUGUUCAGUUAUGUUAAAGAUAUUCAGUGCCCAUUUUUCACUAAAACAUUUUGUCACUUAUUUUCUUCAGAUGGAAAAAUCCUCAUCAAGUGCAUUUAAUUUACUAAAUAAUUAUAUAAAUUAAAUGUGUAUGUAGAACUUCAUUCAUGAUAAACUAACAUACAGGAGCUGUCAUUUGUUCAAAAAAACUUCCAGUCUUUUUCCAUGAUAGUACACAUUAACAUUGUGUUAAGCUGUACAUGCCUUAAAGUGUGUACUAGUUUAAACCUAAUGCACAGUACUGUUAAUACAAAUAUACUUUACAUAUACUAUAUGUAGGCAAUUGUUCAUAUUUUCAAAUGUGAAAUUUGGGUCCAGUAUACCUUUAACUAAAUAGUAAUGUACAGUGUUCUUAGCAAGUGUACGAAUCAAAAGACCUAACCUUGCAGUUAUCAUUUUAACCAGUUGUGUAAAUUCAUCGAUAUUGAAAAUUUACCAGCUAAUUGUUAAGAUUUGAAAAGAAAUAUUUUUUUUUGUGUUUUCAUAAAUGUCCGUCAUUCAAACAGUAGAAAUUUAAAAAAUAAUGCAAAUAUUAAAACGGCAGGUUAGUUUUUUUGAUCAAUGUACAUAUUUUGUCUCCAUAUUCUAUGAAAUAGUUUCGUCUUUGCAAAGUUUUAUGAACAAUAUUACCAGUUUGAUGCCAGAUGUCUUUAAGAGUUUGAGGUGUCAAGGUUUUUUAACUUAAAAGUGGCAUUAUGCGCAUCUUACUGCACAUAGUGUGUUUUUGGUGAAUGUUUUAUAAAAGCAAUUUUCGGUUGCUGUGCAUUUAAAUGUGUUAAAUUAGUAAUAGAAAGAGCAUUGAAACUCGAGGGUAAACGAUUUGUACGAGGGGGCGUAGCCCCCGAGUAUAAAUCGUUUACCCGAGAGUUUUAAUGUUCUUUCUGUUUUGUAUCAUAGCCAUCCAUAUAUGGUAGUUGUAGGCGUUCCACAUUGCCAUAUACAGCAGUUCAGUGAGUACUUAAAAUCCGUGCUUUACAAAUGUGUAAAGCCCAGGUAAAAUAAACCAAUGCUAGAGCAGAAAAUCAAUAAAAUACACGUCGCUGUCUACUGUUCCAGACAUGCUGGCAUACUUUCCUAUCCAACAGUGCGGUAACUAGAGUGCGGGUAUUAAAUACCUGCACACUUUUAGUUACCGCACCCUGUAGUCAGAGUAUACGAAUUACCUGCACCAAAUUUGUUAAGAAAAAACACCAAGCUAUGAUACAAAAGAUAAUACUGCAUGCAUAAGUAUUUGAAGUUGAUGGUUUAGAAAUAAAGAAAUCAGACUAAUAAAAUAAUAGUUCUUUUCUUCAGUCUUCUACCCAGUGAUCUCCCUUACCUAUAGGUAUGUUGAAGGGAAGCAACUCCUGCAUGCAGUUUGACUUUUCUCAAAAAGACUGCCCCAGUCAAAAUAAAAGUCGUAUUUGGAAAGUCAUUAUUUCGUACUGGUAACAGGAAGAGUUUGAUAUUUUGUGUUAAAAGCUAUAAUUUCCUCACACAUCUAUUUUAGCUGGAUUUUUAUGUGAAAAAUGCGCAUAAUUCCACUUUAAAGAAACUGAGAUGUAGUGAUCAGUUUAUGAUGGGCAUUUUUCAUAUAGAAUUAGACUUGUUGAAUUGAUAUCUGAAAUUACAUGAUCUUUUAUUUUGAUAAUGUGUGGUACAGUUUGAAAAAUUAGAAUAAGUUAGCGAAUGAUAUAAUUAUACUGAGUAUACAUUUGUAUUCUUUUGAUGAUAAUUUGAGCCGCGCCAUGAGAAAACCAACAUAGUGGGUUUGCGACCAGCAUGGAUCCAGACCAGCCUGCGCAUCCGCGCAGUCCGGUCAGGCUCCAUGCUGUUCGCUUUUAAAGCCUAUUGGAAUCGGAGAAACUGUUAGCGAACAGCAUGAUCCUGACCAGACUGCGCGGAUGCGCAGGCUGGUCUGGAUCCAUGCUGGUCGCAAAGCCACUAUGUUGGUCUUCCCAUGGCACGGCUCAUUUGUGUUUGCUGCUUAUAGGUGCUUAUAUUUGAUAUAGAAAUAUUUUAACUUGCCCCAAUCCAUUACUGAGAUGAAGUUGUGUAUCAUGGUAUUUCUUAUUUCAUUAAUUUCAGCUGAAUUUAAAACUUAUCGCUCCUGGUUACAUCAUCAAAUUAAUUAGUAACAAAACAUUACAAAAUGAGACAAAUAACAGAUACUGUAACACAAUAUAUGAGAAAAUUUGGAUUCAGUCUUUUAUGGGUCAUAUACUUUUCCAUGACUUACUAGAGUGACCUAUUCAUCUUGUCUUCAGAAAGGAUUCUGACCAAUGUCUAUUUAGCCUCUAUUUUUAUAUUGGAGCAAGGUGUUGUUUUUCUUUCUUUUUGUUUUAAACAGAAUUAGUCUCGCAGACAGUCAUGUUUGGUGGAUUGUGGCUUUUGUUCUUUGGGAAAUUUUAGUAUGUAAUAUUGAAAUGUAAAACUGAGUUUUGUAUAUAUUUACUAUAUGCUUCAAGUGUUUGUGGCCAUUUAAUGGUAUAUUUCACUAUUUUUUUGUCUGUCACGUAUCAUUACUGUACUUCAUAGGAAAAUGCGAGUUUUUGUCACAGUUCUUUGUUUCUUUGAAGGGUAAUGUAUUGUUGAGAAGUUGACAAAGGGUAAGAAUGUUUGUCAUUAUUCAUGAUGAGUCAGCAAAUUUUAUUUUGUAAAGUAUCUCUUGUUUAAAUGAAAGCAAUAUUUUUAAUUUUCAGUGUUUCUAAACUGCCGUUAUGGUUAUACAUUUCUUUUUCAAAAAUAGUUUUUGUUGGCAUAAAAACAAAUACCGGAUGGUCAAUGUUUUCUCACCAUUAAAGCAAAUUCUUUUUCAGAAUUAUUGUUUAGAACAUGAAUUAUUGUUUAGAACAUGAAUUAUAACAUGAAUUAUUGUUUAGAACAUGAAUUACAUCAUAGUCCCUGCUUCUGAAACAAAUGUUCUUAGAUAAAUUUUUAAUGAAUAAAAAUUCACAGGUGUCAAAUUAUGUAUAGAUUAUAUAAUUGGCAAAUUUAAGUACUGACCUUGUAUUUUUUGACAGUUUUGAUUUUUGUUUCAUACGGGAAGAAGUUUUUUUUUAAAGUUCUGUUACAAAAUUAGUGAUUUUUAUUGAGGUUUUAUUGUUCACAUAUACUCCAUAUAUCAGUAUUAAUGCUUCAAACAUGUACAUUUGAAAUUCUUUUGUUUUCUGUAUCACAGCUAAUGAUGUUAAUUUUGUACAGCUGUUUUCUAUUACACUUGUUUAAAAUAAUGUAUUUGUAGGAUACUGUGAAAUCAUUUAAUUAUUUAAUUUUGUUGGCAGAAAAUUUCAUGGUUUCUGCCAAAUAGGAUAAGCUUUGUUGUGAGGACAUAGUUUUUUUUUUAGCUAAAAGAAAUAUUUCAUCAAAUCAUUAGAGUUUAAUAUUGUGGGAUGAAGUAAGCACAGAAUCCACAAAAGGCCUGAAAUUGUUUGUUCAUCAUAAUCUGACCCCAUCACCCAUGAUAUUUUUGCAGUUUUGUAGCAAAAUUUUCAUAAAUUAGUAAACAGGGAGUUAAAAGGGGAAGUAUUGUAAAUGGACAAUGAAUUCCUUUAUGUUUUCUUUCAGUUAACCCUUACCCUGCUAUAUUUCUAUUAAAGAACUUGUCCAUCUUUCAAUUUGGACAGUACGAUUAACUGUUAAAAGGCUUAAUUGCUUACCACAAAGAUACUGACUGAAUGGCAAACAGUGCAGACCAUGAUCAGGCUAUAUGGAUGUGCAGACUUAUCUUGGUCUGCACUUGUCGCAAAGGCAGAAUGACUUACCGCCAGCAGGCUUAGGGUUAAGUAUAUCACAAACAAUUAAUGCCAAGUCGGUCUGUCACAGGUACUAAUGAUUUCACAGUAUAUGAAAAUAAAUGUGUUCACUUUUUAUUCAUGAAAGGUUUUUUAUUGCUGUUCUGUGAAGAAUUACACAUUUCAUUUAGAUCUAAAGUUUCAUGAAAACUGGAAGUAAAGCUCCACUUGUAUAGGAGAAGUGGACUUUGCAUUGCUUUAUUUAGGUCUAGCAAUAAUAGUUCAGAUUCAUUCAACAUUUUGUAAAGAAUAUAUAUGUACAUAAAGCAUAGUGUAACUUACAAGGUAAAUCUAAGCAAAACAUAAAAUACAAAUAUUUGAGGGGGCCUCUGUUGCUGAGUGGUUAAGGUCGCUGACUUCAAAUCACUUGCCCCUCACUGAUGUGGGUUCAAACCUCACGCAGGGCGUUGAAUUCUUCAUGUGAGGAAGCCAUCCAGCUGGCUUACAGAAGGUCGGUGGUUCUACCCAGAUGCUCUCUUGUGAUGAUGAUAGUGCACGGAGGGGCACCUGGGGUCUUCCUCCACUGUCAAAGCUUGAAAGUCGCCAUAUGACCUAUAGUUGUGUCGGUGCGACGUUAAGCCCAACAAAAAACAAAAAAAAUUUUUUUGAAGUCUAAUGACUUCACUGUUUCUCUAUAUCACUAGGCAGAGCUGUUUUGUAUAAUUGCAUAAUUGAAACGUCAGUUUAUCACAAGUGUUUGAAAUUAGGAAAAGGUAUACAGUAAAACUCAAUUCCAGCUAACUUGGUUAUAAGGAACUAAUUUUUCUGGCCUGUUUUUUUUUUUCCUUUAUUUUUUAUAUGAAAAUCACACUGAUAUAACAAACUUUAAAAUAAGAAUUAAAUCGUCAACAAGUCAAUAUGAACUCAUUUAUUAAUGAAUAUAAGUCCACCAUUACAACUUAAUUUUGAUAAAACAGCAAUUAAACACAUCAGCAAAUGCUCAUGUCACAGUUUUGCCAGUCCAGUUUGCCGAAUGGAUUUAUAGCAAACUUUGUUUGUUAUAUGGAUAUAGUGUACCUUGGAUAUAUCAGCAUUUUUUGGCGACCCUGACGAGUUCCUUAUAACUGAGUUGAUAUUAAAUAUAAAAUAAUAUUAAGUAAGUGAAUAAUUUAAAGUUAUACUGCAUAGUAUGUUUAUCUUAAUGGGCAGUGCUAAGGAUUUUCUGAAGUUGAAAGAUUGAACUAACCUACCAACUAUGGUUAGUUCUUUUUAUUGUUGUAUGCUUUAUUAUAAAUCAAAGUCAAAUUGGAGUAGAAUAAUGUGACUAGAAAUACAUAUUUGGUAAAUGAUUUUCUAAGAUUGGUAUUUUUUUGUAAGAGAAUGGUAGUGAUAUUUAUAGGUUACUAGUAUUAUAUUUGUAUUGAGAAAUAUGCAUGAGUUCUGAAGCGGAAAUAUUGCUUGACUUUAGGAGGGCAAUAUUAUUUCGCGAAAGAACGAGUGUAAUCUAAUAAUCUUUUUAUUACAAACGCAUCUACACUUAAAAUUAUUAUAUAAAUGAUAUAAAUCUGUUAUUAAGCCUGAGUGAAAUUGAAAAUAUUGUUGUUAAAGAACUUUUAAAGCCGACGACAUACAUGAAACUGACAUCACAAAUGAUGUCACACACCCAAUAUGAAAUUUGAACGUCAGUACGAAAUAAUACUAAUGUUUCAGAACUGAGGUUUUUAAAUGAGUAUGUAAUAAAACAUAAUUAUUCCAUAUUUUAUUGCAACAGUAUGGGCACAUACUGACUUUGUAUUCUGAUAUAUGUUCUAUUGCUUGGCAAUAUUUUACUUGAUUACAGUAGAUAGUUUAUUUUAAUUAUUUGUUUGAAAACAAAAAUCAAGCUAGCCUAGGUGUGAUUUAGAGAUGCUUGACCCGUGUGCAUACUUUUUACAGUGUUUUAACAAAAAAUAACUGCAUUUGCUCAAUUUCUUUAAAAAUUGUCUCAGAUCCAUGUUUAAUUUUAUUUCCAGUUGAUUUAUUCUAUAAUUUUAUUUAUUUGUUUAUGUAGUAUUUAUACAUUUGUAGAUUUAUUUGAUUAAUCUAAACAUUUAUUUCUAUGUGUAUUUUGAGAUCUGAGAAUAUAGUAAGCUGUUUUAACACUUGUUUUGAAAAACGAUACAUUGUACAUUGCUAAAGAUAUUGUGAUAGUUUAAUAUUUUGUUGUUAAUAUUUUCAAAGGUAUUGAUAGACUAGAAAUGUUAGGCUUAAUUGCUGUUGUAAAAUUAAAUAAAAAUGAUCAAAGUUCAUGCAAACAA